AUCACACGCGUUGGAGUCGUGAAUGCGAAAGAAUAAUGGUGUGUACCGAUCGGGGUGAAUGGCAGCAGUGCCGGGUGAUCAGAUCGGGUUGAGCCUGAAUAAGGACAACCUCGUUCAGCUUUAGCAGCACAGGGACGAGAUGGCGUGCAGCAGGACAGCUGGGGGUUGAGAGCUGGAAGGAUGGGAUCCGGCGGCAGGCUGCGCUGUGCGUUUAUACGCGCUUGCCUGGUGGUUUUGGGAAUGUUAUUAAUGCUGCAAGUUUUCGUGUGGUUCCGAGCUCCAGGGCCGCGCUGGGUCACAAAGGACGGGAUUACCUUCACGAUAAUCAGCAUUGACAACAGCCGAGAUAGGGGUGCUCGGGGAAACCAACCGGAGAGAAGCGACAGCCCCCGGGGUCUUGAGACCGGUGGAGCCGUGUUCAUGGAGAGCGAAGCCGGCGUACUCUGGGAAUACAUGCAGUUCUACCAAGAUGAGAACGAAAACUUCACGCAAAAGAGAGAUCGCAGUCAGAUAGACCUGCAGCCCUGGGCAGGUGGACAGCCCUCCUUCACAGCCGAGGUGCAGCGCUUCAUUGAGUACAUCAGCACCACGCAGGUGCACUGUGCCCGGGAGCUGACGGCAGGCGAGCCCCAGGAGGAGAAGGGCUUGGCUGGAUCCUGGACUGUCUGCCUGGAGGGCUGGUUCCUGAAAAGAGAAGCAGGGCCUUGUGUGGCAUACUCCUUCAGUCUAGAUCAGAAGGACGCUGGCUUUGUGUCUCGCAUGGUGUCGCUGGCUGGCUGCGAGGUGCACCAGUUUGACCCCGGAGCCAGGCCCGCCCCGGGACGAGACGAGAGGGGGGUGAGGCGCCAUCAGACCUGGCUGGACUGGCGGGAGCCGAAACACGGGAGCCGCAGGAACACCCCCAAAAAACUGGGGCUCAUCAUGGAGAGCCUGGGACACGGCAAGGUAGAGUUUGUGCAGGCAGAUCUGGAGAGUGCAGAGUGGAAGGUUCUGGAAAGCCUGGUUCUGGACGGGACGCUAAGCCGGAUCCAGCAGCUGGUAGUGACGGUGCACCUGCACUGGGCUGGUUUCGAGGUGGGAGGCAGUGAGGCCGGGGUGGUGCGCUUCUGGUACAGCCUGCUGAAGGAGCUCCAGAGCGCAGGGUACCGGCUGCUGCAUAGCGCCAGGGGGCCCGGCCGCACCAUCCUGCAGCACCGCCUGGCCGGAGUCAGCAGCACUUACACACUGAGCUGGGUCAACACCAGGUGGAACUACUGAGCUGAGGGGCGUUCUACACCAGGGAAAAGUAACUGAGUGCACCAAGGUCUCUUCUGUACCUGGGACGAGUGACCUCAAGGUGGAACCAGUGAACAGAGCACAGACUGCAUGCAGAGCGGGAGAGGGAUAAAUAAUGCCACGUUUCCAUCUGCCACUGGGACCGUGUUUUAAAGUGGAUUUGAACUCUGUUUUGUCUGUUUCCACCAGUCUGAAUUGGAACUCUGUCAGACCCAAUUAGGAUUGUGAUUCACUGGUAGAAAUCUGUCUUUUCAACUAGUCUCUGAUGUGAAUCCAAUAUGAAGGACCAUAUAAACCUUGUACUGCAAAAACCAAGGGCUGUCGAUUUUAUGUCUAUUAUAACAGGAAUAUUGAAAGGAGGGAAGCAAAUAGAACUUAUACAAGCAAGUGACCUGUGUGUUAUUUACUGACUUUUCACCCCUGGAGGGCUGUGUUCAAAUCUGUCUCGGGUUACAAGAGAGAUGGGUUUGCUGGUCCAUUUACCCCAAGAGGUCCAAGCAAACACGCAGUCCAGCACGAGGGGGUCUGUGCUUGAGAGAGGCCCGGGACUGAGUGUGAGACAGGGGUUAAUAAGAAUGAAAUGCAUAGUAAAUGUAUUGUGCGUGUUGACGCUUUGUUUCCAGGGGUCUUUGAAAAUACAAGACAAUUGUUUUUUGCAGUGGAUUUCUGCUCAUGUGCUCUGUUUUGUAUUUUGUUUGUUUUGUAUUUAUUGAGUUUUGGAAAAUGAAUAAAGAAUUUUUGAAAAUUAAAGAAUGCAGCAAA